UGUACUCUCUCUUACCAAAAGACCCAAUUUUAGACAACAACAACAAUACUUAAAAAUUUUUCUUCAAAUUAACAAUUCCAAAUCCAAAAACUUGUGCAAAAAAAGAAAAAGAAAAGAAAAAAAAAAUCUGGGUUGAUCAAUAAAGUUUGCAAAGAUUGCGAGUAACAAAGAGAAUGACGAAGAGAAGGCAGGGGAGAGCACUAACAGUUCAUCCUCUGCAGAAAGUACACCAACCAAGCUUUUGGCAUUGCAAAUGGAGGUUACAUUGAUGAACGGUGGUGGUGGAGGCAGUGUUGGUGGUGGUGGAGGAACUGCUAUUGGAGACACGGAUCUCCACCACGCGCCGACAGUGGUGUUGGUGCAGGGGGAAGGGGGAGACUACCCAAAAGUGAAUAACUUUGAGGAUGUGAAGACAAUUUGUUACCUAGAGUCAGCAAAGUUGUGGACAAUUGCAGGACCAAUUGCUUUUAAUAUUCUGUGCAAUUAUGGGAUUAAUUCAUUCACUAAUAUCUUUGUUGGGCAUAUUGGGGAUGUGCAGCUCUCUGCUGUGGCUAUUUCUUUGUCUGUUCUUGCUAACUUCUCUUUUGGAUUCUUGCUUGGUAUGGGAAGUGCACUUGAGACACUAUGUGGACAAGCAUUUGGAGCAGGGCAACUAGAGAUGUUGGGUGUUUACAUGCAACGUUCAUGGAUCAUCCUAUCUGGUGCCUGCUUCCUCAUCAUGCCUCUCUACAUCUAUGCCACCCCUAUCCUCAAGCUCCUUGGCCAACGCGACGACAUUGCCAGACUCGCUGGAGAUUUCUCCAUCCAAGUCAUCCCUCAGAUGUUCUCUCUUGCCAUCAACUUCCCCACCCAAAAGUUCUUGCAAUCUCAGAGCAAGGUGGGGAUUCUGGCGUGGAUUGGAUUUGUGGCACUCUUCAUACACAUUGGGAUGUUAUAUCUCUUCAUAGAAGUGUUAGGGUGGGGCACGGGCGGUGCAGCGGCGGCGUAUGACAUCUCGGCAUGGUUGGUGGCAUUGGCUCAGGUGGCUUAUAUCGUGGGGUGGUGCAAAGAUGGUUGGAAGGGGCUGUCUUGGCUAGCUCUCAAGGAACUUUGGCCCUUUGUGAAACUAUCUGUGGCUUCAGCUGUUAUGAUCUGUUUGGAAAUUUGGUAUUUUAUGAGUAUCAUUGUCCUCACUGGACACCUUGAAGAUCCUGUCAUUGCUGUUGGAUCACUUUCCAUCUGGUAAGUAUAGUCUCUUAAUUUUACAUUGGACAAAUU